ACCAGAAUUACGACUAUGCGUAAUCAAGCUGGAAUUAAAUUAUGAAUUCACAAUUGUACAAUUGUAGCGAAAUAGCAAAUAAUUUUUAUAAACUAAAGCAUAAUAAAACAAAACUUUACUGCAACGUUUAGUAGUACAAAUGGAAUUACAGAGUUAAUGCAUGCUGUGUGAACAUGUUUUUAGAAAAGCUUGCCAAUUAAGCAAUAUUGCAAUCAAAAUUACAAUUACUUAAGCUGUGUGAAGAGGCUACAGUCUGCUUUUUUCAGAAAGAAUUUAGUAAUUUUAACGGAUUUUUUGCUUGGAAACUACUCGGAGUAAUUUUAUAUUAUUACCCACUAAAAAUAAUUUUACAAACAUAUGUUAAAAGUAUCACUUUAUGAAUUGUCAAUUGUAUAUUUUGUACGAACGCAGCACGUAGUGAAGCAGCUGAGCGUCAAAAAAUUCCCAUUAUUUUUGACUUUUCUCCGCUAUACAACAUCUUAGAAGUUUUUACAUAAUAUUCUUCUCGUAAAGGCAGCAAAAAGUGAGGUGCAAACUGAUAAAAACCAUUCGUAUUUGUGGUGAUAGAUUUUUAUUCGUAUAAAUAUUUAUUGUAGAAUAUUAAACAUGUGGACACAAGUUGCACGCAACUGCUGUCGCGUCAGUGUUGUCGCAAAUGUUAAAAGAGGAAUCGCUCUUGCUGCUAAAACUCAACCACGAUUAGCUCUAGUUCAAAGGAAUGCUGCGGUGACAAUAAAUCAAAUUAAUUUGCUUAAGGUAUGUUACUGCACAUCCGGUAAACGUUCAAUGGAGGAAAUUCGUGACCGUGUAUUAAAAGUUGUCUCCAGCUACGACAAAGUCACUGCCGAUAAGUUGAGUGUGGACUCUCAUUUCAUAAAUGACCUAGGGCUGGACUCUUUGGAUCAUGUGGAGGUUAUAAUGGCGAUGGAAGAUGAAUUCGGCUUUGAAAUUCCAGACUCCGAUGCUGAAAAAUUACUGAAACCUUGUGACAUCAUUAGAUACGUGGCCGAUAAGGAGGACAUUUACGAAUAAAAAACAAAUAUAAUUUGAGAUUUGGAAAUGUAAAAGAAAAUUUAAUUUUAUUGUUAAACCAAAAAAAGAUUUAAACAAUAA